GGUCUUGCAGGCUUAUGGCGAGACAGAGAUUUGGUAUUCCAGGAAAAAUUAAGGUAGGUAAAUCGCUUUGACCUUUGUUUAACCUGAUUUGAAUAGUUCUCGCUAAAUUUAUGAGGAAAAAUAUUAAUAAUUUUCAACCAAAUUGAGAAAGAAAAUAAUGUACAAUAAUAACAGAUUCCUUCUUCGUCGAUUGACCUCAUUGCUUCUCAGUGAAUUUACUGCUGAAAUUCGGAUAACUUAAACAUUCGAGCUCUUAAAUAAAUAAAUAAUAAACGAGGUUAUUAGAGCUCUUUAGUCCUUUUAAGACCAUUACUCUGUAUCCCACAACAAAAGUCUUUUGAAAAUUACACUCAAAAUGGUAAUCCCUUCCUCGAAAUCCGCCAUAAACCAAGCACUCGCUAAGUACUAGUCCAGAAUAAUAAUUAGAAAAGUAAACACAAAAAGCUAUUUGAAAAUAGAUAGCACUGGACUGUUGAUGAUAUACCCUCUAGCAUUUUUACCAAGUACUUUUCUGCGUCAGACAACAGCUGUUUCCACAUGAAUCAAACUACUGCUGCCGGUCGGGAUAGAAUUCGCCAUACAACAAAAGCAAAUUCUGACAUUUUUGUCUCAAUAACAUAACUCACAGAUGUGUUUUUCUACUGCACUGACCUUGAUGCCGACGCUGAGUGCGUAACCUGUGAGAGCAUACCCGGCCUUAUAUUGCGCUCGCUAAUGAGUGAGUUGAUUAUAUUGUCAAUUAUUCUUUAGUGGUUUUGCAUAUAAGUUUAAGCCUUAGGCUUUAAAUCUAUUGCCAAAGUGGAAAUUUGACGGUAUAAAUACGACGGACCUCAAGAAAGUAAUCAUCACUCGUGUUUAAGAUCCUGUCGAUAUUUCAAUAAAACUUUAUUAAAUUCUUUUCCUCCCCAAAAAGUCAAUAAAUUGCGCAAACGAAAAUGAAUCCAGCUUUCGUAUCUAAACAUUCCAUCCGGAACAUACUUGGAGUCGAUGGUGAUAUUGAAGCUCCGCCAACACCACCCGAUUCUGUUGACUCAAGGUCGCCACACAGCUCACCACCUCCGAUCCAGAGACCAAAUUAUACAUUUAAGGACCUAGUAAAGAUGGCAAUAACGAGUUGCCCUCAAAAUGCACUCCCACUCUGUGCGAUUGUGGACUGGAUUAGUCUAAACUUUCCAUACUACCGAAGAGAAGAUUCUGGCUGGCAGUGCCAGGUGCGACACACUCUAAGCACGCUCAAGUGCUUUAAGAAGCUGGUUCGUCCAAUAGGUCAACCGGGACGGGGAAAUUUUUGGGCUGUGGUGCCUGAUGAUCACCAACCAGUAGUUCCCAUUGCCGUGCCGCACGCAGACUUGUACACCGAGGUUUUGAGGAACGGAAUUGCCUGUAAUCAUCCUCAGGCUGGGGGUGCUGUGUAUUUUCCUACACCGGAGGAGGCUAGAGCAUACGUAGCAGCAGUGGCGCAGCAGCAGCACGAAUGGUUUCUCCACCAACAGCAACCGUAGACUCGUAACUUAUUGUUAAUUGUUAUUAAAACUAAUAGUUUC